GAUAAGGAGCCAUGAGUACGGGGGAUCUUAUCAAUAUUCAACCAACAGAGCUUAAAUUCCCAUGUAAGUUGUUUCUCACCUGCAUUUCCUUUUCCAGUUUGAUGCUUUGUUUUCUUUAAGUUUGGUGUUAAAGCAUAAACAAGCGAAAUAAAGGAAACCAAAUAAGGAAUGUUUGGAACGUCGAUCUGAUGUAAUAGUUUCGUGAAGAUCAUUUCGAUCAUGCCAAACGAAGUUGAAUUGAGGAAGCAAAGUACAUGUUCUAUGCAAUUGACCAACAAGACAGAAAAAUAUGUUGCCUUCAAGGUUAAAACUACCAACCCCAAGAAAUAUUGUGUCCGUCCCAACACUGGUGUUGUUCUACCUGGAAGUACAUGUAAUGUCACUGUUACGAUGCAAGCUCAAAAGGAGGCACCUCCUGAUAUGCAGUGCAGGGACAAGUUCCUCCUCCAGAGUGUGGUUGCUCCAGAUGGUACAACUAACAAGGACGUAACUUCAGAAAUGUUUAACAAGGAAAAUGGUCGGGUUGUGGAGGAAUUCAAAUUGCGGGUCAUUUACAUUCCUGCUAAUCCCCCCUCUCCUGUUCCUGAAGGAUCUGAGGAGGGGACUCCUCCCAGAGCAUCUAUGCAAGAAAAUGGGAACCAAAAUGUUGCAUCAUAUGAGGAUGUAUCAAGAUCUUUAGAGGAGACUAAAGAAAAGUCCUCAGAGGCAUGGUCUCUGAUCUCAAAGUUGACAGACGAGAAAGCUUCUGCUUUGCAGCAAAAUAAGAGGCUACUUCAGGAACUGGAACUGAUGAGAAAAGAAAUUAGUAAAAGUCGUGCUGGUGGCUUCUCUCUAACGUUUGUGGUGCUACUUGGUCUUCUUGGUUUCCUGAUUGGCUAUCUCAUAAAGAGAGUUUAGGAAGAACUGCAGUUGGAACCAUCUGUUAUUCAAAAAUCUGGGUGCAAGCAGUAAUUGGCUGCCUUGUUUUAAUUUUUUUUGUCCUGGACUUUUAGGUCCUUGCCUUUUAGUGUGUAAAAAUCGUAGCCCCGAUAAUGUGUUAAUCAUAGUGAAAUGAUUGAUUGCUCAAGUUUGAACAGGUGAAUUGAGUCUGUGGUGGUUAGAUAGUUGCAAAAGCAUAUGUAAACUAAGAUAUUCUUAAUGAAUUUGCCUUUUCCUUGCAGCUCCA